AUGCCGUUCAAGAGGUACGUGGAGAUUGGGAGAGUGGCUCUUGUCAACUACGGCAAGGAUUAUGGCAAGCUUGUUGUUAUUGUCGAUGUCAUCGAUCAAAACAGGGCUCUGGUUGAUUCUCCAGAUAUGGUUAGGAGUCAAAUGAACUUCAAGAGGCUUUCACUCACCGAUAUCAAGAUUGAGAUCAACAGGGUUCCUAAGAAGAAAACACUAAUCAUGGCCAUGGAGAAGGCUGAUGUGAAGAACAAGUGGGAGAACAGUUCAUGGGGCAGGAGACUCACUGUUCAGAAGAGAAGGGCAGCUCUUAAUGAUUUUGAUAGGUUCAAGCUCAUGUUGGCAAAGAUCAAGAAGGCUGGAAUUGUCAGGCAGGAGCUUGCAAAACUCAAGAAGACAGCCUAA